AUGGCGGCCAAGACCACCACUUUCGACGCCUCUGCGGUCAAGGAGACCUCAGCCGGCAACCCUCUCCGCAACCCCAAGGAUUCGAUGAAAAGCACAUGGCGACAUGAUUACUCACAGUGGAAUAUCCACCACUGGCUCAUCCACCUGGUCAACAUUUAUUCCUGCGAUCUGAAGAAGCCAAUUCCGGUCCACCAGAAGGAUGACCCGAUCCCAUACCUUACACAAUGGUCGCUUCACCGAUGGAUUCUUACCCACGCCGCCUGGCCAAUGGCUGUCCAAUGGAUCUACAACACCUACACCGGCGUGCAGUUUACUCCGAUCUUCGCCUUCGUCUACUACAUGAUCUGCUUCCAGCUCAACUCUAUUCACCAGCUGUGGGUGCUCCGCGGCAUGGGUCACACCUUUGGAUAUUUCGAUGGUGACAAGCACGGCCGUGACGAGGUUCCGGACGUCGGUGUUGCAAAGACCGUUCAGUCCCUGCUUCUCACCACCUCCAUUCGACCCAUCCUCGCCGUCUUCCUGGCCUACCGCGCUUCCGAGGGCGUUCACCUUUCCUGGUGGUUGCCCAUCGAGGUUGGCCUUUACCCGAUUAUCCUCGAUUUCUGGUUUUACUCUUACCACCGCGCGUGCCACGAGCUUGAUGGUCUCUGGCAAUACCACCGCACCCACCACCUCACAAAGCACCCCUCGCCUCUCCUUUCGUCUUACGCCGAUUCCGAGCAAGAGUUCAUCGAGCUAGCCCUCGUCCCCGUCCUCACCUACGGCGUCCUCAAGCUUUUCGGCUUCCCCAUGCCCUUCUACGACUGGUGGGUCUGCCACACCUACAUCAUUUUCACAGAAGCAUUCGGCCACAGCGGAAUUCGUGUUUGGGGCUCACCGGCUGGAACUUUCUCCUACUUUUUGCGAUUGACCGGCACCGAGCUUACAAUUGAGGAUCACGAUAUGCACCACCGCAAGGGCUGGAAGCACAGCUCCAACUACGGAAAGGCCACUCGCGUCUGGGAUCGUCUUCUCGGAACAUGCGGCGAGCGUGUCGAGGGUUAUGAUGCCAAUAUUGACUAUUCAAACCACGUCAACCUUCCUGCGUACUGA